AUAAUUAAUUAAUUUAACAAAUUUACAAUGAAAAUUCGUAAAAAUCAUCGUGGGAAACGUUAUCGUUACAAUGUGAAUAGAAAAACUUUGAAUAAAACCAGAUCCUCGACGGGUAAAAUCAAGGACCCUGCCUUUAAGAAGCUAUGGGAAGACUCCAAGAGGCCGGGUACAAAUUUCAAAGAAAUGGGCCUGUGUGUAGAUCCCAAUAAAUCGGUGCCAAUACCAAAUUUCAGAAAAGAUCGUUUGAAAAUUACAAAAUUGGUAAAUGGAUUCGAGGAAGAAGAAAUUACCGAGGAUGAUAUUAAACAAGCAGAAGAACCCAAGAGGGGACAUGUUGUUGCCGAAAUGGAAGAAAUGGCCAAACAAAAGGCGGAAUCGAAAUUCAGAUUACCGAAAGGUGUCGUUAGCCAUAUUUCAUAUUUCAUGGAUAAAUAUAAAUUCAACUACAAGGCAAUGGUUACCGAUCGUCGCAAUCACGAUCAAUGGACGUGGAAACAAUUUCGCAUGAAAAUUAAACAAUUCAUGAAUAUCAAGGAACAAUUUAAUGUGUAUUUGGAAAAACGUAAUCUACCGCUGGAUAAAGAAUUAGAUUGGGAAGAAUAUAAUUCGGACAGUGAAUGGCAGUAGAUU